GCCAUUGUCAACCAGCAAAAUCUGAUAUCAACUUUGCAGUUCCAAAUGUCGCUACCCUUAGAACGUUUACGCCGUACGAGUCAGAGGGAAUAAAGCAUGGUAAACGGAGACCCGGUAUAUACAAAGAUGUUAUGACAGCUUUAGCGCCAACAUUUCAAGACAAAGCUUUAUGUAUGACAUUUGAUGGCAAAAAAUUAAAGCAAGGUUUGACUGCAGAUUCCGGUGAUAUAGAUCUGCUCGGAUUUGAAGACGGGAAGUCUUUGUUAGAAAAGCAAGCUGAUUUGGAAUUAGAAAUUGAUCGUUAUAAUAUAGUGCUGCGUCUAUUUUCCAAGUACGAUUUGAAUGACAAUGUGAAUAAUUUAACCGAUGAAGAGAAAGAACAAGUCAUAAAUGAUCUGAAAUUAACUCACAAAAAAGUGUCAAUGAAUUUGAAAGAAGCUCGCGAAAUUAAAGAGAAAAAAGAAUAUGCCAGAAAAAAGUUUGAGGAGAGAGGUGGUAAAGAUUGGAGAAAUGGAAAAUUCGUCUUCGUUAUCAGUGCUAUUGACGCAUUUGUAUAUGAAUUAAACCAGUAUAUUGACAAUUCAUUUAACAUUAUCAGUGAUAUAUGCAACUGCUUAGCCUAUAUUCAGAACUCUUUAGGCACGUACGUUAGUGGACAUUCUGUAGACGUUACUAGCCACUCGCGCUAUAUUCCAGUAGAAAAAAAUGAGUCUCCGGGAACAAGACAGAUUAAACAACGUACUCCGGGUUGGUUUGAAUUACGCAAUAAAGCUAAAGUCACAGGGAGUGUUUUUUAUAACGCAAUCGGCCUUGAUGGACUGAAGAAACAACGUGAACACUUUUUGAAGGUUAUUUGCGGGCAACAGGAAACAGCUCCAUCUGAAGAGGCUUUAAAAAACAUGGAAUACGGUACAAAGAAUGAAAUCAAUGCCACGGCAACGCUAAUAGGGAAGAUAUUACCAGUGUAUGAGCCGCAGUUAGUCUAUCAGGAGGAAGGCUGUAUAACAUUUGAUGAAAACAAUUCUCCAUUUUUGGUUGUUUCCCCGGACGGAAGCUUAAAAGACAAGGUGGCUGGAGAGACGAAAAUGGCAGUUGAGUUCAAGUGCCCAGUAAAGAAAAUACACACAGAGUUCCCUGUCAGGUACUAUUUACAAUGCAUUUCAGAAAUUGAGGCCCUAGAUGUGGAACAACUAUUAUAUGUAUGUUGGAGACCCGAUAUAACGACAGCUUUUAUUGUUUCUAGAGAUACUGAAACAUUUAGAGAAGCUCUUACUUUAGCAAGAGAAUUUCUUAAUGAAAAAUUUUCAAAAAGACCAACUAAACUUGAUACAAGGACUAAGACACUAAAGGAAAAAAUAAAGAAAAUCAUUUUGAAAGUUGAAUUUCUCGGAGAAUUUCAGUCAAUUGCUGCAGGAGGAGGUGAAUGUCUAGAUAAUCGUUAAAUGAAGAGAUAGUCAUUUCAAAUGUAAUCACUUUGUACGACAACCUGAUAAUGCUAAUCAAGGAAUUCUAUGAUUUAAGGCGUCAAAAGGCAACCGAGGCUUUGGUGUUUCUCAUAUGUGAUCUAGACAGAACGUGGACAAAAAAUCAAAUUCUGUGGUCACCAAUAUGUUGGUGUGCAAAAGGCUAUAGCCUUAGUACGAAUACAACCCGUGCAAUUAUGGAAACACUUCUAAAUGAAUGCCAUGUUUCGGGUAUUUAUGUGCCUUCUUGCAAUUUCGAUGGUCAAUGGCAUAAUAUUGUAGUGCGCGACAUUACUGGAAAUCCACUGACGUUAUUCCAAGUACAGAAAGAUGUCUGGAAGAAAGUACAACAAUUAUCUAAGUCCGAAUUAGAGAAGGCCUUGCAGAAUGUGGCAAAUGUUCCACAAUGGUUUUUGGAGCAAAGUGAAUCUCCGAAAUUAAACUGUACAUGGAGAACGAUUAUAGUUUGUACGAACGGAGGAAAAAGGCUUCCAAAAACACCAUCAAAAGGCUGGAAUGAGAAGAAAAUUAAAAAGCCAAAAGAUGCAAAUGAACAAAUGGUAAAUAAUGAAGAAACCUUGGAUAUCGUAUUUGAUGAAGUUUUACAAAACUUGGAGUAUGAUAAACAAACAGUGAAUGUAUUAGCGACCAACAGCGACCGGUCCAUUGUUGAAGAAAUAGCAUCAAUCAAUGUCAAUACAGAGGACUGGGCUGUCAGUUUAGAUCAAAUGUUAAAUAGUGAAGAUGAUAAUGAACAAAAUGACAUAGAAGUUGAAGAGAUGUAUGCACUUGAAGGAAACGAAAUAAAUGCACGGAUAGACAAUAACAUUAUCAGUGACAGGUCGGAAACGUGCUUGGAAAAGAAAAACAUUAAUGCUCUGUAUGAAAUUAAAGAAUAAGAUGCCGCUAGUCUACUGAUUAUGUUAAGAACAGAUACAUGCGCGAACAAAACGGGAAUAUGGGACAAUAAAAAAAAAGAAGACAUACUGGAAUUUUUACGGCCGAACAAAACCUUGAACAAGCCCGAGAUGUCGAAAAAAAGGGUGAUAAUAAGAUAUCUUAAAACAGUUCUAGGAAAAAAAGUAACGGUUAAAGAAUAUGCUAGAAAGAAAAUAAAAAUUGAAGAGAUAUGUACAGUACUGGGAUUGAAAUUGUCAACGAAACAGCUAGGUACACUUACAUUUACAAAGCCAAAAAAUACUGACAAAAAACCCAACCAAAGAUGCCGUGUCAAACCGCUCAAAAUGCUAGCAGCACAUGCUCUGAAAAAAGUUCCAAAAUCAGUUCUUAACAUUGCCUAUGCUGAAUACGUAUGGCCAACAGAAAAGGAUACAUGGUAUGCAGAUUCUGUUAUUAAGAACGAAAUUAAAAUAGAACCGCUAAAUGAACCUUCAUUCUGGGUAUACAGACCUGAAUUCAGUACAACAAGAAAACAGAUAGAAGUUCGGAGCAUCGACUCUACACAUUUACUUACAAGGACAAGAAGAAAAACUUGUAAAGGGGGAUUGAAAACCUUGACAGCACGCCAUGGAUGAAGGUUGCAAAGCAAGGCAAAACACUGUUAACACCAAUAAUGGUAUCUGAAAUAAUUGAUCCAAUGUCAAUGCCCAUGGCUGUCACACAUUUCGGAUCUCCAGUUCAAGCGGCCAUGAUCAAAAAUGGCGAUCAUGAUGCAGCUUCCUUAUGUCGUGUUAUUAAUGAUUGGUGGCGAGCAGAAGAUGAACCUGGCAUGUCAGCAGAAGACCGGAUGCGGCUGAGGUUAAAAUUGAGAGAAAGAUUACUCAGGAAUUAUGAUUUCGGUUCCUUUCCGCCUGCGGGAAUGUAUGUAAAUGGGUGGCCGUCUCAACUUUGGGAGGCACUGAUCUCCAACAUUGACGCUAAAGCGCAAUUAUAUUUCUUGACAGGAACGUACAAUACUAGGGCUUUCAGCAGUAUGAUGGGUGAAACAUUUUUUGCUGAGCUAACGAAUCAGGACAGGGGAAGUCAUGGGACAGUCACAUGUGACGAUUUUGCAAAGUAUAUUGGCAAGACGGUUGAACAAAUGCAAACUAGACUAGACCCGGAAAGACCAUUCACACACAGAACGUCUUCGAAGAAAAUUUAUCCUUUGGUGGAAUAUGAUAACUGUGAGUCUGAAGAAGUCGCGUUUAAGGCAAGGCAAACAACACAAACUGGAACAUGCGUAGACAGUAUCAUUUUGAGAAAUCACAUAUUCGACACGGAAGGAAGGAAAAGAUGUUCAGGAAAAAAAAGAGAGGGCACUGUAUCGCGGCAAAGAAAUGCUGUUCUAAAGGGUGCCUUAGGCGUACGCUGGGAAAAGGCGAGGGUAAACGAAGCCAAACUGUUACCUACCAAGAGGAUGGGAAUAGAGUAAAACAGAAAAAGCAGGGACACAAUAUUAACUUUUCAAAAUAUUUAGACAUUAGCACAAACUGUAGUGUAGCAAGUUACAUCAUAAGAUUGGUCUUUAUGUACUUUCAACUGAAGUAGAGCAUUUUGUUAUAAAGACAUUAUUUACACCGCUAAUAACAUUUUCACAUUGAUAAAUAUGUUGACAAUUCUUAACAAAGUCAUUGGUAUGCUAAUUUUAGUCAGUGAAGUCCUAUGUGAUACUAGUUCAAAAAUUAAAAUAUUUAUGAUACUUUUGCUAUAUACUUU